AUGAUUUCUGCUAGCAGUUUGGUUCUCGAUGAACAUCACGGUCACGGUUUAGGACCUGGACCCGGACCCGGACCUGGAAGUUUACAUCAUAUGACAUUCGUCGAUCCAUACGUUAGAAGCAAACUGCCGAGUUCGGUUCCUGAAUUUAUGGGUCCUUUUGCUAAACCCGCACCUCUCGUUCCUAGAUUCAACGGCCAGAGACCAUCGCCUUCUCAGAGUCCGAGAAAAGACUAUCCGAUUGUACCUGUGUCUACGACUUCGGUGUCGGGGCCCAUGAAUUUGAGUUCCGGUAAAUUGGAAAGUGGGAAAAUUACAGGAGAAAACCACAUAUCGACUAGUGUUAAUAUACAAGUUCCACAUUUAACGGCGGGAUACGGUUCCAGAAUGUAUCCCCCUCCGGCUUUCCCAUAUCCGAGCCUUCAAAAUCCUUACGGUAGCCUAUAUCCGAGCUCGUAUUCGUCAUUAUUGAGCCGUCCCACCUACAUCGGGUCCACUCCCCUUAGUCCUUUAGACAGUCAAUUUAGUCCUCCUCCGAAAACGAACGGUGGUGGUCCGAAUAGUCCAGACGUUUUCAUACAACCACCCGGAAGUUACGCGAAUCCGAAUCCCAUUCAAUCAGCUCCGCCGCCCCCACCUCCCCCCGCAACAACAACUAAAACAACUCCAUCUCUCCUGAGAGAAAAGAGACCAUUUAAAGUACCUUCAUGUAAAGAAACAAACGGACGUCAAAGGUUAUUAAGUUCCGGUAAAAAUACAGCAAAACGGGUGACGCUCACGUCGAAUGUAAAUAACAAUAAUAAUAAUUUACUUCCGCCUAAUUUUACAAAGGGCUCCCUUAUCCAAUUGGCCAACGGAGACUUAAGAAGGGUUGAAGAUGUGACGACGGAAGAACUAGUGUCUUCUGCUGAAAAAUGUCCAGCAUUUAGGUUAGAUCCAUCAACGGUCGUCAGAAUAACAGAGAACAACAACGGGACUGUUUUACUUACGCUUAGUUACGGGGAAAAUAAAAAAACAAAAAAUUUAUUACCGUAA